CUCAUGGUAAAAUCAAUAGUUCCAUCGCUUCCACUUUAUUUCAAACUCGCAAGCAGAAAGUAGAAAUUCCCGGGACAGCCAAUACCAGUUUCAUAGCUGACCAUUGACGUAGCCACUAGAAGUUAGCCCAACGAUCUCUCUCUCUCUCGCUCUCGGCGUCGGUGAACAAAAUGGGGAGCUCAUCCAAGGACGAUUCCGGCAGCGAUGGCGAGGCCUCUAGCGGCGAUGCUCCUCCUUCCAAUUCCGGCCUCUUCUCCGAGGGUGAGCGUGUCCUGGCUUAUCACGGUCCUCGCAUCUAUGAGGCCAAGGUUCAAAGAGCUGAGCUCCGAAAGAAGGAAUGGAGAUACUUUGUUCAUUACCUUGGUUGGAAUAAAAAGGAUACAGAAAUCAUUACUGUGGCUUGGACAUAUUGCCAACAGUUGGGACGAAUGGAUAGGCACGGAUCGACUUCUGAAACAUACUGAAGAGAAUGUCUUGAAACAGCAGGCCCUUGAGAAAAAACAGGGUGUAGACAAGAGUUCAAAGCUUGGGCGUUCUGCACAGACCAAGCCCAAAGUUUCUACUGAUGCAAAGGUGGAUAAAGAAGAGCAAAAGAACAAUGUGACAAAAGGGAAGAAACGUAAGAGUGGCUCAGACAUUGAGGAUAAUUUCUCUGUGGAAAAGCUUGUCAAGAUCCAAAUUCCAUCAACACUAAAGAAGCAACUUCUUGAUGAUUGGGAAUAUGUCACCCAGCAAGAUAAGCUUGUUAAACUUCCCCGAUCACCAAAUGUGGAUGAUAUUUUGACAAAGUACCUAGAGUACAGGUCGAAAAAGGAUGGCAUGAUGACUGACUCAGUAGGAGAAAUUUUGAAAGGAAUACGUUGUUACUUUGAUAAAGCAUUGCCAGUGAUGCUUCUAUACAAGAAAGAGCGUCAACAGUAUCAAGAUGCUGUCAAAAAUGACACAUCUCCAUCAACUAUAUAUGGUGCUGAACAUUUACUACGUCUCUUUGUCAAGUUACCUGAGCUAUUGGCAUACGUAAACAUUGAAGAGGAGACAUUAACACGCAUGCAGCAGAAACUACUCGACUUUCUCAAAUUUCUGCAGAAGAAUCAAAGUACUUUCUUCCUUUCAGCUUAUGAUGGAUCUAAAGUUUCUGAGGGCAAAGGCAAAGGAAAAGAUGACUGAACAGUUGGACGAAUGCUUUACCAUUUCUUUUAUUCUUCCUAUCAUCAGUAAUUGAAAGCUGUGGCAGAGCAUAGGACCAUAUUGCCAUGUCAUCUGCUGAUUAAACCCAACAAAAGAGAUGGAGCAUCCAGCUGUCGUUGUUGUAACAAUAGCAUUUGUUAUUCUUUUCUCUUUUUAGGGAGGGGAUUUCUAAUGAGACUUUGUAUAAUGAAGGGCUCCUUGAUGGCUACAUAUUUCUCAUAACCGUUAUGUUUUAACAUCUAGCAAUUGAAAUGUGCAUUAGAUGGGAUGGACCCAACACUGAUGCUAAGUAUCCUACAUAUUUGAAAAGAUUAAUUCUACCAUUCUAUCGAGUUGAG